AUGAAAUUUGGCGAACAACUGGGCCGUUCUCUUAUUAGAGAGUACAGCUAUUACUACAUUUGUUACGAUGACUUGAAAACUGAGCUCGAAGAAAACCUGGAAGCUAACCAAGGCAAUUGGAGCGAAAGCCUAGAGACACAGUUUUUAGAAUCUUUGGAGGUCGAGUUAGACAAGGUGUACACCUUUUGUAAGGUCAAGCAUAACGAGGUAGUCAGAAGAGUCAAGGAAGCCCAAGAACAAGUGCAAACCACAGUUCGCGCUCUGGAUUCAAACACCCCCCCUUCGGAGCUGGAUUUCGAAAUUUUGGAAGAAGAACUUUCCGAUAUUAUUGCAGACGUUCACGAUCUUGCCAAGUUCUCCAGGUUAAACUACACUGGUUUUCAGAAAAUUAUCAAAAAACAUGACAAGAAAACAAAGUUUAUACUCAGACCAGUCUUCCAGGUACGUUUGAAUUCAAAACCUUUUUUCAAAGAGAACUACGAUGACCUCGUGGUAAAGAUUUCUCAAUCUUAUGAUCUAGUUAGAACCCGUGGUAAUCCCAUUCGUGGUGAUUCUUCCUCGGGAGGCAAACAGCAAAAUUUUGUUAGACAAACUACCAAGUACUGGGUCCAUCCCGAUAACAUCACUGAAUUGAAGCUCAUUAUCUUGAAGCAUUUGCCUGUCUUAGUGUUCAACUCUAACAAAGAGUUUGAGCAGGAGGACUCUGCAAUUACCUCGAUUUACUAUGAUAACGAAGACUUGGACUUGUACUAUGGUCGUUUGAGAAAGGACGAGGGUGCAGAAGCUCAUCGUUUGAGAUGGUAUGGUGGUAUGAACUCGGAUACCAUUUUCGUUGAGAGAAAGACCCACAGAGAAGACUGGACUGGUGAAAAGUCUGUUAAAGCAAGAUUUGCCUUGAAGGAACGCUUAGUCAACGAUUUUUUGCACGGCAGAUACACAGUAGAACAAGCUUUCCAAAAGAUGCGCAAAGAUGGUAAGAAGAGCUUGAAGGAGAUCGAAAAUUUGGAAGCUUUAGCCACCGAAGUUCAGUACACCAUGCUCAAGAAGAAAUUAAGGCCUGUUGUUCGCUCGUUUUAUAAUAGAACUGCCUUUCAACUACCAGGUGACGCUAGAGUGCGUAUCUCGUUAGAUACCGAAUUAACGAUGGUCAGGGAAGAUAAUUUUGACGGCAAUGAUAGAACCAACAAAAACUGGAGAAGAAUGGAUAUUGGCGUCGAUUGGCCGUUCAAGCAACUUCCCGAGAAAGAUGUUUGUCGCUUUCCAUAUGCCGUUUUGGAAGUCAAACUCCAAACUCAAUUGGGCCAGGAACCUCCGGAAUGGGUUCGAGAACUGGUAGGUUCUCACCUGGUGGAGCCUGUUCCAAAGUUUUCCAAGUUCAUCCAUGGUGUAGCCACAUUAUUACCCGACAAGACUGAGUCGAUUCCCUUUUGGCUUCCACAGAUGGGCGUGGAUAUCAGAAAGCCUGCCAUCCCUACUCAUAUCAACAUCAGCAGGCCAGGAAGAAGUGACAACGAAAGCGAGGAUGAUUUGUACACCAAUCAAUCCCAUCCCGCGGGCAAUUUAAUGGACCCGGAGGAGCGCGUUGGAUACGGUGCUAUAGAAGGCCAGGCACAUCAAUCAAGCGGGGAAGGCGAGUAUAAUCAGACCAGCGGCCAAAGAAACAGAACCUCUUCAAACCCAGUUGUUCAGCUCUACCAUAAGCUGUACGCGUCGCUCGAUCACUAUCUGCAUGGAGACCAGAUCACCAAGGUUCCUGAAGGUACUGUUUUCGAUACCGAAGUCCGUGCACCUCCAGGAAAGGUUCUAUGUGUUCCGGUACGCGUUGAGCCUAAAGUUUACUUUGCUACCGAAAGAACGUUUUUAUCGUGGAUGUCUAUCGGUCUGACCUUGAACGCCGUAGCCAUAUCUAUGCUGAACUACGGCACUGAUGCUACAAUGGUAGCUUCGGUUGGUUUCUUUUGCACAGCGCUACUGACCAUCAUUUACAAUGCGUACGUGUAUUGCAACAGAGUCGUUAAUAUCCGCUUGAAGCGUGCGGUCGACUACCAAGAUAAGCUGGGCCCUCCCCUAGUUUGCGCGUUCUUGCUAUUGUCUACGCUUUUCAGUUUCUACUGCAAAUGGGCGUCCUGA